AUGGCACAAAUCCCGCCCGCGCCGACGCUGCCAGGGGAGGCGCUCAUCGAAAUCUUCGUCCAUCCAGCGGCUUUGCCGCCAGAACGGCCACUGGAAGAGGACAACAAAUUCAGUGACGCGAGGCGGCUGGAGUACCUCGGUGGGAAGAUGUCGGAGCUGGUUUACAUGGACAUGCUGAGGGCGCGAUGGCCGCGGGCGACGGCGCCGCAGUUGACGCCCUCACGCAAGAACAACCCACCUCUCUCCCGCCCAAGUCUCAAUACUUCCAUGGCUAUCCCAUCCGCCCCCGAGCUCCCCGGCGAAGCGUACUUAGAAGUCUUCAUCCAUCCGGACGGCCCCUACCACGUCAACACUGCCGAGCCAGCGAGCAAAUUUAGAAACACUCGUGAUCUCGAGCGACUCGGACGCACUAUGGUCGAAAUGGCCUACAUGCACAUCAUGUACUCCAGGUGGCCCAACGUGACAGGCGACCAGCUGAACACUUUGACCAAUGCCACCAUUAAUGGAGUGAUGGAGAGAGCAGUGAGGGCCUACCGCUGGAAGGAGCAGAUUCGCGGCUGCCCGCCGCAUAUCGACCUGAUGCAGAGCUCCGAGGAGGCCUAUCGCAUCUUCCGCACGUACGCCGGAGCCGUGCACGUCCAGCACGGGUACGACGAGCUGCGAAACUGGAUUGAAGCCCUCACGGCGAUCUAG